CACUCCGUAUUUGUAUGAUUAACGUUGUUGCUUCUCGAGUCACAUAGUAAUGUGUCAAACGUACAAAUGAUUUUUUCGUUCUCACCUGGACUAAACAAUGUUUCUCAGCAGCAUUUGAAACCGAAAUCUUUAUUCUCAUUUAAACCCUGAAGAUCAGUUGAAGUCGUUGACCGUCUUUUAAGGAAUUCUGUCCAAGGAUUAUAAUGCUUGAUCAAUACACAUCGACAGCUUCCUCAACGUUUGUAAUUAACAACACGUUUAUUAAAUUAAAGAAUCAUAAUCCAUUGGUUGCAAAAUAACUACCAAGAUCAUCAUCGCAAAAACAAUAGUGCAUUAAAGUCUUUUCUCUUUAUCUAAUUUUGUUUUGCAAACAUAUUAUGUGAUCCAUACCUGAUGUUCUAUUUUAAUUGUUUUUUCCUCAAUGUAAAAACUUAAUCGUAAAAGCGCUUUGACUUUUGAAGAUCCUUUGAUCGAAAUUCUGCGAUAUCGGUUGAUCGAUACAUUGAUGCUGUCGUCUGCUGAAACACCCGUUCUGUUGGAGUGCACAGAGGAUCGUGUUUAGAAGGAUGUUUACGACAUUGAAGUACGUGAUUAUCUUCAUGAUUAUGCUUCUGGAAUCGCAGGAGAUUACAGCCCUGCCUCGUCUUCUCGGGGGAAAUAACCCAGAUGAUGAUAGCGACGAAGAGAACUUCAGACCUGUCAUACCAUGGAAUUAUAGAGCAGAUAAAGGUCCUCAUAAAUGGGGUCAGAUGUUUCCCUACCAAUGUGCUGGAUCGAUGCAGUCCCCCAUCGCUAUACAAACCAUUAACACCAAAAGGAAAGAGUGGGGUCCACUGGAGAUGAAUGGGUACGGCGAUACUAAUGGGAAGAGGAUGACGCUUACGAACAUCGGUCAUACAGUGGAGCUAAUGUUAGAGGGUAACUACACCCUACGCGGAGGUGGACUUGAGGGAACCUAUGUAGCUGAUCAGGUGCAUUUUCACUGGGGGUUCUCCAAUGAGCAGGGGUCUGAACACGUGUUAGACCGAAGAAAAUAUCCCGCAGAGAUGCAUAUUGUACACCAUCAGCAAUCACUGAUGGGGGAUAGUGUAUUUCACACGCCUGGCGGUUUGGCAGCCCUUGGUAUCUUUAUUGAGAUCGGAGAAAGGAAUGCAGCUUUUGAAAAAUUAGUGAAACAUUUCAAAGACAUCCAAUAUAAGGACGAGUCGCAUCUUUUGACCGAACCGCUUCAACUCAAUGAGCUCUUCCCGAAGAAUAUGAGACAGUUCUACCGUUACCCGGGCUCAUUGACCACGCCCCCAUGCUAUGAGGUAGUCACGUGGACAAUCUUCAAACAACCAAUCACAGUAUCUCAGGAACAGAUGUCUGCAUUGCGUAGUGUCUUCGAGACGACUCGACACGCAUUUACCUAUCACUCGGAAACACCCAUUCUGCUGCAGAAUAACUUCAGACCGGCGCAGCGCAUCAACGGUCGGGACGUAUACAGGUGCGGAUUCUGAAGCAAGGUCGCAUGUUGAUGGCUCGUACUCUUCUGUACAAUAUCUUACCAAACGACAUUUAAAAACAUUGGAAAAUAAAAUUGCGAAUGACGAACCAAUACCUCGUAGAACAGGGGACCAUUUCAUACAAGUUACCAUCACUGACAACUUGCCAUUAUUGUUCAGCCUCCAGGGGAGUGUUUUAUGAAACUGGGUCUUGACGGGUAACGUAGGAACAGAUGUGCUGCUCGGCCAAUCAAAUCCAAGGAAAACUGUCAGAUCUGAGACUUGAGCGGACGACAAACGUUGAUGAAAAUGCUCCCUAACUGAGAAUCAUGUUGAGUGCAUCAUUGAUAGAGAUUAGUUGCCGCGAAAGUGAUGAUCAGAGGAAUCGGUCCGGGGGGGGGGGGGCAAACAUAUCGAUUCGUCCCCUCCCCAAAUACUUUUGACAACUUGAAAAAAUUACAAUAUGCAAUGCAAUUUUUUUAACCAUUGUAAAGCACUAUAAAACCAUUAAACUUGGAAUUUUUUUUUAAAACUCUGCCCCCCCCCCUCCGAAGAAUGGAUCGACGCCUCUGGUGAUGAUAAUAGAUACUGGAGUUUAAUGACAUCUUGUGAUCUAGACCUGCGGUGUAAAUGGUGGUUUUACUUGAUUGUUAGGAAAGCAUGGAUGCUUCUACCGAAGGACUGAGGUCCUCUCCGAGGGACCUGGUUAUGAGGAUGGUCAUCGGUUCUUCCGUUAGAUACCAUGAACCAGCCGAUGGAAACACAAAGCUGACAAAGAUAUUAUGGUAUGUUCGGGGGACAACCAAACGUUGCUUGAUUGACUGAAUUACACAAUAUAACCAAUGAAACAAUGUAACCAGUUAUACAAAGCGAUUCAAGUUGUUUAUAUACUUUAACAAAUAGAACAGGUUGCUCUUUGCUCAUAACUGUGACGGCUUAUACCAAACAGUUAAGUGGAAAAUUAAUUUUAAGUAUUUCUACUCUUUGUUUUAAUGUUACAGUUAUACCAAAUCGACUCCAAGCCUACCAAAUGAAUGAUAUAACAUUUAAAUUAACGUUACAGCUUGGAUUGAUCUGGAUUCGAUUCUAUUGAUGUGACUGUCGCACAUAAAAGAAUACAAGUUAUUUAAUUUCUCAAUUUGUCUAGCUCGACCAAAUGGCACAAUAUAAACCGAUAACGUGAUUCCAACUUUGUGCAUAAUAUUAAUUUUGUUAAAGAGUUGUUCUUAACUAAAUGGAGGCUAGCUAUACCAAAAAGCAACAAACGUGCAAACUGAAUUAUAAUUAUUUGUUAUUUCUAUUCCUUGUAAAACUUCCUGUUGAGAAUAGUUAAUACAAUCCCAGACCAAGGAGUUACAAACUUCUUGCUCUGACGUUGCUUUCUCGACCAAACCAAGCUACAUUGUCAAAUUUGUUUGUACAAAGUCAUUAUAUUUUUGGCGUACAUUUUUAUAAAAUAGGUCUACAUCUCGUAAUAUUAUGUUUAGAGUGAUUUCAAUCAGAAUCAAGUUACUAAUUUAGAAUAUAAUGAUAUUCAAUUUCAUAUAGGCUAAACUUGCCUUAGAUCGUAAUGGUAUCAACUCCUUAAUGGUAUACCGGUACAGCUCAAAGUGGUUUGUCUGUUUGACUUCAAAUCUGCUAUCUCUCUCCCUCUUCUUUGGAGAGCUCAUUUAUAUUCUUCUGGAUGUGAAAGGAAUUAAUAAAACUGAUAAAUAAACUCAUAUUCAACGAU